GGGGGUAUUUUCGUCUUAUGUUGGAAUUUGGAAAUGUGGCUGGAUGGGUUGUUAAACAAUCAAUUAACAGAGAUUAAACGUUAGAGACCGGUCAAUAGAUGGACCGGUCAUUAGCUUCCCCUUGUUUUUAUCCGUAAUAAAGGCAGGGGCUCCGUUGCCUCCCUUAUCAUCAAAAGAGAGAGAUGGCCGAAGUGACCUCCCAGUCCCUGGGUCACUCCGUCCCGGUGGCAAACGUGCAAGCUCUUGCAGCUGCCAUCGAUGGCCAGACGGACAUCCCUCCGAGGUACAUCAGGCCUGAAGCUGAGUCCGAUCCAAUUGCUCGUGAUGAUGACGGCCAGUUUCCAGUAAUCGAUCUCAAAAGACUGCUCGAUCCCGAAUUUUCUGAAGACGAGACUGCCAAACUUGACCAUGCUUGCCAGGAGUGGGGUUUCUUCCAGCUGAUAAAUCAUGGAGUUCCUGAUGAAGUGAUCAAGCGAAUGAAGGAUGACAUCAUGGAAUUCUUCAAGCUUCCACUGGAGGAAAAGAAGGCGUUUGCUCAGCUACCGAACAGCCUCGAAGGCUAUGGCCAAGCUUUUGUGGUCUCAGAGGACCAGAAGUUGGACUGGGCAGACAUGAUUUACCUCAUUUCUCGACCACUCCAUUCAAGGAACAUGAGAUUCUGGCCUACUCACCCUCCCACAUUCAGGGCUACCCUGGAUAACUACUCGUUGGAGCUGAAGCAAGUGGCAGGAUGUCUCCUUAAGUUUCUGGCUAAGAGUUUGGGGCUUGAACCAGGGAUAAUUUCCAAUAUUUUCAAGGACCAGCCACAAGGAGUGAGGAUUAAUUACUAUCCACCAUGCCCGAAAGCCGAUAAGGUGUUGGGCCUCUCAGCUCACACAGAUGCCACCGGCUUGACAUUGCUCCUUCAGGUAAGUGACGUUCAAGGAUUGCAGAUAAAGAAGGACGGCAAAUGGUUCCUUGUGGACCCACUCCCUGGUGCUUUUGUUGUUCAAGUUGGCGAUAUCCUUGAGAUAUUGAGUAAUGGAAAAUAUAAAAGCAGCGUGCAUAGGGCCACCAUAAACACCGAGAAAGAACGCCUCUCAGUCGCUGCAUUCCAUGGUCCAGACCAUGACUCCAUGGUUGGCCCUCUUCGGGAACUCCUGAAAGGAGGCAAAGAGCAUUAUAAGUCGAUGAGCUACCAAGACUACAUGAAGACCUUCUUCUCCGCAAAACUUGAAGGCAGGACUUUGUUGGAGAGCAUGAAGUUGAACGAUUAGAAGACUGUUCCUUGUAACAGAUGUGAUCCUGUAGCACUGGUUUCUAUCUCUAUCUCUCUUUAGAUAAGUCUAGUGGAUAAGCUCCUUGUAACUAAGUUGUUACGUUGGAAACAACUCUGAACUUAUCUCCUCGUUUCACCAGUUCAUCAGAACUAUAUAUGUACCUAUACAGCAUCCUGGUUUGAGUGGGUUAAUAAAUUAUUCUCUUCAUUCUCUAUA